GUCGAAUACACGCGCGCGCACACACACGUACAGUAUACACACAGACACACACGAAACACACACUGGAAGCCAAGAAAAAAAAAAAAGCGUUAGACAUGGAUGACCCACUCACAAAAUGGCUCCACUUACGCGGUAGCAUCAACAGCAGCACUCCCGACGGUUUGCACGUGCACAAUUAAUGUUUUUAUGAUGGCGCAUGAGUUAUGAGUUAAAUCGUGUUACUCUGGACUGUGUGUGAGAGAGAGAAAGAGAGAAACCCCCCAAAAUGAUGGAAAAAGGGCAGGCGGACCUUUGUUGUGGGAGUCCAGAUGUAGAGUCCGGUCGUGGAAAGCCUGAGGACUCCUCCAUCAUCAUCAGACGCGAGGAAGAAGAGGAGGAGGAGGAGGAGGUGAGGAUGAGGAGAAGGAGGAGGAGGAAGAAUGGAGAAGAGAAGGAAGAGGAGGAGGAGAAAGAAGGGGGAGGUCUCUCCGAGGAGACGGAUGCCGCGCCCCUGCAGAACUCGACGAACGGGACCGUCAUCGUCAUCAACGGCGUUGCCAAGGAAACCGCCUCUCGCGACGCCCUUGACCUGAAAAGGGAAGUGCCGGUGAUCGAGCUCUCCAGGAGGGACGCUAUAAAGGCGCUGGAGCGCAGGGCGGAGAGCCAUUUGGUGCCCAUCACGGAGCUCCGCAGACCUCCUCUUCUUCCUCCCAGUCUUCCUCCUCCUCCUCUUCCUCAUCCUCCUCCUCCUCCUCCUCCUCCUCCUCUUCCUCCACUGCCGCACACCCAACGAGACGACGCUCGAAUGGUCCAUCUGAGCCCCAACGCGUUCCCUGUCCCGGCCCGGGCCAUGCUCUACAACCUGGCGCAGCCUCUCGCCGCCAUCAACAGUCUUGGAGGGGAUUCUGAGCAGUACAGCAUGUACCCCAGCAACCGGGUAAAACGCCGCCCGGCGCCUUAUGAGGUUGAACUCGACGAGGCCGGCCAGCCAAAGAUUGUCCGGCGUAUCUUCACAAACAGCCGUGAGCGUUGGCGGCAACAGAACGUGAACGGCGCCUUUGCAGACCUCCGUAAACUCAUCCCAACACACCCUCCGGAUAAGAAGCUGAGCAAGAACGAGAUCCUCCGUCUGGCCAUGAAGUACAUCAGCUUCCUCUCCAACCUCCUGGAGGACCAGGACGGGGGGCGCAAUGUUGGCACCACAACUGAGGGGGACACCGGGAUCUUGGUUGGGGCUCACGAGGGGGUGCCCCAGGGCGGGCCGCGUCAGGAUACAGCGGUAGGCUUGGCCAGGGAUGACCUGCUGGAGACGAUGUCGCCCGGAUCGAGCUGCGGAAGCUUGCCCGACGGAGACGCUGAGGGCAGCCCGGAGAGCUUCAUGGAAGAUCAGGACUCGCCUCCGGCUCCGAGGACUAUCACCGCUUCACGCGGCCCUGCGCUCCAUCUCAGGCGCAAUGGACGCCCGCUGGAUGGCUCUGGCCGGCGAUGAUUCUGAUGCCAAAAGAGCGAAAAACACAACAAGUGAGACUGGAAGCGGACAGACUGAAAAAGAGUGUGCUUAUUUCUCUUGGUCAUUUGAGAUGGAGAAUGAAGAUCUGCAAUGUGAGGCAACAUGGACCUGACUACCUACCUUGCCGUCUCCGCACUUGACAGCAGUGAUGUAAAAGCCUGGGUUGGCCGGACGCUGGAACUUGUAAAUUCUGCAUGUCUUUGAGUGGCCUGCGGAUGAAACAUUUCUUUGUUUUGAAAAAGCUAAGAGUUUCAGUAACAACAGAGAAACACAUGGGCCAAAUCCCUUAUAUUGUAUUUGAAAGAAUAAACGAUGUGCAAUCAAAGCAAAAACGAGACAACACCAAACAAUAAUGACACACUGUUCAAAGAAAAGCAAGAGUUCUUGCAACAACAUUUAGACUGCUGACCAUUGGUUUAAUUGAGGCACAUAUCCAUACUUAAAUUGGGCAUGAACAAUUGAAUGUGUUACACCAAAAUGACGAACGAUAUAAUGAGCCUGUUCUCACAAGAAUUUAAGAAGAUUACUGUAAUUUGUCGAAACCAGAUGUUUUUUUGUGUGAUUUUUUUUUUGCAGUCACUAUGAAAAAGCUCUUAAAGUAAAGUACCCUUACGAAAGACCAAUAUGAAAAUGAUCAAAUCCUAACUUGGGGGUUGAACCGAUUAAUUGACUCGUUGACUUUACUAUUCCGCAUUGACGUUUAGAGGUCGUGGUCUUACGACUCGCCCGUCAGCUGCCGUCUCCGGACUAUAAUGCUCUGUGGAGCACUGGAAUGUCCAGUCAGUCUUCACACAGCUGCGUUGGCCUGUGAAUAUAAAAAUAAAGUUGAUGGUGGAUGAGAAUGGUGGUUAGCUUCGGCUAUUCCGAUUGACGCUAGUUUAAAAAAAGACCAGUGGGACCACAGGACCAGCGGUGAGGAACUAGGGCAGCAGCGCGAAGUGAAGUUCCAUCUUCGUCACCAAAAUGUUAUGUCCAAUAAUGUGCUGGCAAUAACUGUGAUAAUGAGAGCUUUAUUCAUACCACAACAUGCACAAACCAACAUCACGUGUCGCUUUACAACACUGCAAUGUCGAUCCGUCCAAAUGUCUUUAUUUGACACUUGUCCGCGUUGCCAAAAAUAAAUAAAUUGCAGGACCAGUGUACUAUGCUGAAAAACUAUCAACGACGUCAUCGAUUGAUCAACUUCGACUUGACUUUUAGCGCAUUAUAGUCGACUACGAAAAAAUCUUAAAUCGUUCAACCCCUAAUCCUAACCUAAUGAAAUUAUGGCAAAAAGUGUUUUUGGUUUUUUUUUCCCCCCUGUGUGCUUCACAGUUCAACAACUACAAAAUUUUCUUGAGAAUACAGCUCAGUAUUACAUAACAAAGUGUCCUGGAGUGUUAUCGUAGUCACACAAUGGUGUAUUGUAAAUAGCUUUUAUAUUUUCAUGGAACAAUGUAAUGUGGUUUAAGACGUACCUAUAGUGUGUUGUUUGUUCACGGGUUUAGUUUAAAAGAAAGAAGAUGUGUAAAGCGAGCGGCCGAGAGUCGUUCACAUGAAAUGUUGGUACCAUUUAAUCUCGUUACAUUUCGGCGGCGGGAAAACGACAACAGAAUCAAACGAAUUUACGCAACUUUGCUUGGGAGGUACAAGAAGACCAAGUGAUUCUCGAGGUGUACAAAUGUCGGUCACGACGUCAUUUUGACAUGAAUGUCUGUUUCUUUCUUUCUUUUUUUUUUUUUUUUUUAACUGUAAUGCAUAUGUGGUUUUAGUAAGGUACAAAGAUAAACCCCUUCGUUGCCAAGUUUAACACCAACAGACAACAA